AUGGCCAUAACUCGAUUCCUCUCGUCGACAACUUUGUUGCUGCUGCUAUUCCAAUACUGUUCUAUAUUCAUACCUAUCUUAACGAUAGGUUCAGUAGCAGCACAAACCAACAUCAGCACAGACCAGUCUGCUCUUCUUGCUUUCAAAUCCCAUAUCAUUAGUGACCCUCAAAACAACUUGACCGCCAACUGGUCUACCUCCAAUUACGACAUUUGCAACUGGGUUGGCGUUUCUUGCGGUGUACGCCACCAUAGAGUCACAGCCUUGAAUCUCUCCUACAUGGGUCUCACCGGCACCAUUCCUCCCCACCUAGGCAACCUCUCAUUUCUUGUUGAGCUGGAAGUCAGAAACAACAGUUUGGGUGGUACCUUGCCACCGGAAUUGUCUCAUCUACGCACGCUGAAGUUGAUUAGCCUUAGAUUCAACGACUUUAAUGGAACCAUUCCAUCAAGGUUUGGUUCGUUAUCUAAACUUCAAACCUUCGAUUUGUACGGUAAUCAAAUUUCAGGUUCCAUACCAAAUGAUAUCUUCAACCUGUCUGCACUGCAAGUGCUUAAUCUUAGAGACAACGAGCUAUCCGAAAUUCCAAACUUGAUUGGCAGUAAAGAUGAGGUGGAGACGUUGUUUCUGCAGGUUAAUGCCCUAAAAGGUCCUAUUCCUGUGGCUGUCUUCAACAUGUCCUUUUUGACAGUUUUGGCUCUAACCCAAAACAACUUAAGUGGUAGUUUGCCAGACAAUAUAUAUGCAAGUGGGAUUCAACUAUUAGACUUCAACAAUUUCAGUGGAAGCAUACCAAGAACUAUUGGGAACUUGACCCAGUUAACACAGCUUGGUUUUGCCAACACCACAUUGACAGGUACUGUACCGUAUGAACUUGAUGAUCUUCAAAAUUUACUGUAUUUGUCACUCAAUUUUAACAAUCUCAGCGGCCCCAUUCCAUCCACAAUCUUCAAUACGUCGAAGCUGAUAGGAAUUUCACUUGUUAAUCAACUUUCAGGCAGCCUCCCAGCAGACAUAGGCCUUGGGAUUCCAAACAUACAAUAG